ACGCAAUCUGGGUUUUUAAUGACGUGUGACUUGACUCAUGCGAGGGGGCGGAGUGAUAGCACAAAUAAAUAAAUAUCGAGUCCAGCGGGGACCGCGGCUUCCCGUUAUCGCUGCGUUUCAUCCUCCUAGUUCAGCAAUUGUUCAAACCUGGACAUAGCCACGGGGUGAAGGAAAAGGAAGGCGAGCGGUUUUUAGAGAUGAGGAGAACAACGCAAGCCGUUUGAAGGUUUGGGUGACUGCACAUCGAGCGGGGUUUUUUCAGGAAGAUUAGUCCUUGAUCUGGAGGAGGAGAGAAGGACGACUGGUCGAGCCGAGCAUCAUCGUAACAGCCUCUUCCAAUACAACGCGGAAAUAACGAGGAAUAUCUUUUAAGACUUUAUAAAAAUUGUCUUUUAUAACCUUAAAGCUCAUCGUUUACUCUUUAUAAAUAACUAUUUGCGGUUGAAAUAGUCAUUACGCAUCUCAUAUGCUCCCGCAUCCCCACGAGGCGAAUACACGGCGCAGGCGUUGACCUGAAAUGUAUAUUAUAGUAAACACAGAGUCUCGCUCUGUAUGAUUUAGUAUUGCCUUAAAUAUGUCCGUUGCUCAUCAUCCAUGGUAAAGACUUUAUCUCAGCUUGGUCUUGAUAACAAUCACAUCGUAUUAAUAUCGCAAAUUGUGGUCGAGAAUCCAUUUUAAAGGGCCUCGUUCUUGUGGACGCUUUGGAACAUCUCGACGCGUCUCUUUAUACGGGAAUAAGGGCGUUUGAAUCCGCGAGGGACGGGAGAUGUCGGGUCAGACUUUGACGGACCGCAUCGCCGCGGCGCAGUACAGCCUCACGGGAUCCGAGGUGGCUCGUGCGGUGUGUAAAGCGACCACGCAUGAAGUGAUGGCACCUAAAAAAAAACAUCUCGAAUACUUGAUCCAGGCAACCCAGGAGUCCAAUGUCAAUAUUCCCCAGAUGGCUGAUACCCUGUUUGAGAGAGCGGGAAAUGCCAGCUGGAUUGUGGUCUUCAAGGCUUUGGUCACCACUCACCACCUGAUGGUCCAUGGCAAUGAGAAGUUCAUCCAGUACCUGGCCUCCAGGAACACCCUAUUCAAUCUUAGUAAUUUUUUGGACAAAACUGGCUCUCAUGGUUACGACAUGUCAACAUUUAUCAGACGCUACAGCAGGUAUCUGAACGAGAAAGCGUUUGCCUACAGACAGAUGGCUUUUGACUUUGGCCGAGUGAAGAAAGGUGCUGAUGGUGUGAUGAGAACAAUGUCUACUGACAAGCUCUUGAAAGGCAUGCCCACACUGCAGAGUCAGAUCGAUGCUCUGCUGGAGUUUGAUGUUAAUCCAAAAGAUCUUGCCAAUGGGGUGAUCAAUGCUGCCUUCCUGUUGCUUUUCAAGGAUCUGAUCAAGUUGUACGCCUGCUACAAUGAUGGCAUCAUUAAUCUCUUAGAGAAAUUUUUCCAGAUGAAGAAAGGACAAUGCAAAGAUGCAUUGGAAAUCUAUAAAAGAUUCUUGACACGAAUGACCAGAGUCUCAGAGUUCCUCAGAAUCGCUGAGCAAGUGGGAAUUGACAAAAACGAUAUUCCUGAACUUACACAGGCCCCUGAGAGUCUUCUGGAAUCUCUGGAGACACAUCUCAACACGCUCGAGGGGAAGAAAGUUGAUGAGUCACCGACUAAGAAGGGAUCUCCAACAAAUAAUGGAACACCUGCUGGUACCCCUGCAAAAAACGCAGAGCCCACCGCUGCAGCAGCUGCGGUUACUGAGACCGCCGCAGCAGAGCCUGCAAAAGCAGCAUCAGCUACAACCACCAUCAAUAGCGGCUUUAAUGAUCUAGUGGAUUUUGAUCUGUUGGCUCCAACCACAGGGGCUUCAGCGGCUCCCACAGCAUCAUGGGGAGAUCUGCUUUGUGAGGACUCUCUGGCCGCUCCUGCUGCUGCUGCCGCUAGCUCUGAAGCGCCCCUUUCUGAGGCUGACUCUGCCUCUGCCGCAGCCUCUGCUAUCGAACCAGUAGCUGACGCCAUCGCUGCCCCGGCCGCUGCCUCGCUGCCAGUGCCUGCCCCCGCUGCCGCCAUCUCAGACAUGGAUCUGUUUGGAGACGCAUUUGCGCCCUCCCCAGGCGAUGGUCCGAGCGAGGGUGUGGCCCCAGCAGCUGCUGCCGAUGCAUGUGCCGGAUCUGACCCCUGGGCUCCAUCGGAGGGUAGUGCAAGCAUUGCCCCAGAGCUGGACCUCUUUGCCAUGAAGCCGGUAGAGAGUGUCGCUGCCGCAGCAUCCCCUACUAGCGCCGAGCCGAGCAUCUCGCCAACAGCAGCCCCAGCUACCCCUUCUCCUCCCACUGCUACUGCUACCGCCACCACCACUACCAUCACCACAUCCGCUACAACUGAGUCCACUGCCCCGCCAACACUAGACCUCUUUAGUGAUAUGUUUGAUUCUAUGCCUGAGCAAAGCUCCUCCUCAGAGCCCAAAGCAACCACUCCUAGUGUAGACCUAUUUGGUGCAGAUCUUCCCGCUGUCUCACGUGGGCCUUCACCUUUGCCUGAGGCCAGUGUGACUGGUGACCUCUUGUCUGACUCAUUUGUUGCUCCAGUGGCUCCUGUCUCUCCUUCUAAAGCCGAACCUGGACCUGUGCUGGACCUCCUUGACACAUUUGGUGACACUACUGGGGAGACCCAGUCCGCUGCUCCUGGAGCACCAUCAGGUGACCUGCUUGGAGGGUUGAUUUCACCGGUCACCCCCACAGUUACACCAACCCCAGCACCAGUGCCAUCCUCAGCCCCAGCUGACCUGCUGGAGUCUGCUUUUGAUGCCUUUGGCUCUGAGCUGGUAUCCGCCACACCAGCGGCGGCAGACUGUGCCCCUGCCACCGCAGCGCCCUCUGGUGGCUUUGACACAUCAGUGUUUGAUGGAUUAGGAGAACUUCUGAUACCAGCCAUAACGCCUCAGAGCACAGGCGGGACCCCCAUGGCUGCAGCGAGCACGCCGUUGACACCUGGAAUUGUGCCCACCACUGGGCCGACAAUGGCUCCAGCCAUGGCACCAGCAAUGGCCCCAACAAUGGCACCCACAGCAGCUGCCCAACCAAUCAAACCUAUUGGAGGAGACUUAGACUUUUCACUCGCCAAUUUGGUCGGAAACUUGGGGGUGGGAAGCCAAAAGAAGGACAACCAGUGGAAUGAGAAGAAGCUGACAGGAGGAGCUAACUGGACCCCUCAGGUCGCCCCUACUAGCUGGGGCACACCUGGCGCUCAGAUGUCUGGCUCUGCCCCUGGAGCCCCCGGAGCUGGCGCCCCACCUGGAGCAAUGGCACCACCCAUGGGAGCACAGCCUGGCUUUGGCAUGGCUCCAGCAGCAGGAGCUCCCAUGAUGCCCCAGCCCGUGAUGAUGGGUCAGCCCAUGAUGAGACCACCAUUUACUGGGCAAGCAGCAACAGGAACACCCGGAGCACCAUUGUCUCCAGGGCCAGCUGCUCAGAGCCCCAAAAAACCUCCCACCAAGGACCCCCUUGCAGAACUCAACAUCAAGGACUUCUUAUAAUUUCCCAGUAUUUGUUUUCUCAAAGACUGAGCUCCAGUGCGAGAAGUCUGCUGUCUGUUUGCACCCCCAGACACCUGAGGAGCUGCAGCUAGAUAUCCACUGACCCCGCCCCAAACCCCGCCCACACUGCCCCACCCAGCCUUCCUGUGUCAUGUUGUAGCACAAACCGAGAAGUGAAUCAUAGAGAAAACAAGCCGAAAAAUGAAGAAGUGCAUAUUUCAAUGUUAUCCUUUGUUUUGAAUGAAACGGAAUAAAAUUAAGAAAAACACACAAAUGAAAAUGAAGGAUUAAAAAAGAUGUGUAUGUAUGUCUUUUCCAGUGUUUACGUCUGAAAUGAAUGAUGUGUGUAUGUUGAUCCCCUCAACUUCUGGUUCCUCUAGGACUUCCCUUUUGGGGUCAGAGGUCCUAAACAGGUUGUGGAAGCACUUUCUGUUGUAUGUUAGUUUUGGAACAGUGUGCAAUGUAUCAUUCGCAGAAAGUACUCUAUGUAUUUUAUCCUCAUUGACCAAAAAAGGUCUCUCCUCUGCUCAAAUUUUUAUCUGUGGACGACUUAUUGAUGUGAACCUGGUACUCGGAUUAUAAGACAUGCUGUUGUCAUCUCCCAUCAUUGAUUGACAUGUUUGUUUACAAAUAAUAAAUAUAUUAAAUCUAAAUAUGUAUGAAUUAUGUAUAAAUGAAUAACAUAUCCAGGCUCCUCUAUCCUAGAUAACCCUCUUGGUGAUUACAUGUAAUUUUUGUAUUUUAACUGGUAUUUAUUUUUCAGAUAUAUACGUAUUUUUUGAUUCUUUGGUUUGAAUUUAAUUGAAUUGUCAGUUCACGGUUUAAAUACUCUCUUUGGACUUCCCCAAGAAAAUAACCUCAGCAAAUUUUGACUUUAAUUCACUUAAUCUCAGACGAUCUCUAAGAAAGGCCUUUUGCAGUAUCUUAAAAUAACAAAUGUACAGCGACUUGUUAAACUGGUGAUGUUUCCCAAAAAAGCCCCCAAGAUUUCACAGUUGUAGUCAGUGGAAUGCUGUGUUUGAGUGUCAUAGUUACUUGUGCUUGUAUGAAAUCCAAAUUGAAGCUGGUACAUGUAGUGUUUUUUUUUGUAUAAUUGUAGAAGUACCCAUCCAUAUGUUUGGUUCUCAGUCUUUCCUGCUCAUACUAUAUUAUGAACCCUGACCCUUGUUUGUUACAUGUAACGGUUGAUUCAUGCUCCCUCUAUUGGUGAGUGGUGGUACUGUAGAUUGCACAGCAAAAUAGAGUGUGGAGGAGAUAAAUUGGAUGAAAAUACCUGAUUUCAUAGAAACUAGAGCGUAGGUUCAUUAGCAGAGAUAAACUCUUAGAUCUGUUAGAAGUUUUCAGGAGGUCACUGCUAAACAGUGUUACAGAAAGGUCUGAUUGACAGCCCUGUAUGCCCGAGUCUCUGUAACUCACUCUCCCUGUUAGAUCUCUUGUGGAAAUGACAAAGGCAGAUCUUUGGACAUCUCUUUUGUAAUUCUCUUCAAAUAUUUUUUAUUUUGAUUUAUUGAUUCAUAUUUGACACCCCUACAUAGUGCAUGUAAGCCCUUUGAGAUGCAAUAAACACUGAUGGGAAGAAAUGCC